UGUCUUAGACUUCAUAUAUUUAAAUUAUAACUUUUUUUUCCUUCGUUUAUACUUCCUCACCGUCUAGCGGACGUCAAGCUUUGAAAAAUCGACUUAAAGAGCUUGGUUAUGAACUCAAGGAGGAUGAAGUUGAGAGUGUAUUUAGAAACUUCAAAGCAAUGGCUGAAAAAAGAAAGAGAGUUACUGAUGUUGACCUUAAAGCAUUGGUAUCAGAUAAAGUUUCUGAAGUAGAACCUAUUUGGAAACUUGGUGGGUUGCAGGUGACAUGUGGAACUCUGAAUUUUUCAACAACAAGUGUCCAACUUGUUUCAAUUGACAGUAGGACACAUGUUGCUUGUUCUGUUGGAAAAGGACCAGUGGAUUCAGCUUACAAGGCUGUCGAUCUCAUUGUGAAGGAAGCUGUGAAAGUACUUGAGUACUCUCUAAAUACAGUGACUGAAGGCACCGAUGCAAUUGCAACUGUACAUGUUGUACUUCGAAAAGAGAACACGAACUCACAUACUUCUACUUUAUUAAAUGGAAACAUAAUUUAUCCAACAUUUAGUGGGAUUGGAAAAGGAGUAGAUGUUGUUGUUUCCAGUGUAGAGGCUUAUCUUACUGCACUAAACAAAAUGCUCCAUUUCAAGGAAUGAUUUAUAUCUUUUAAUAGCCGAAUGUAUGCAAUAAGUUCCAUUGGCUGUUUGUAAUUUCUCAGUUAAGUUUAAAAUGGAGUAUUCUAAUCUACUUUUCAAAGUUUGCAUAUCCAGCGAUAGCUAUGCCAAAAACCAGACCAUGUAAUGUUUCCUUGAUAUAUUUGAA